GAUGCUGCCGUAGAAAUGGUGGUGUGUGGGGCGAACCUCCUGCAAUGGUUUUGACCGUAGAGGCGAAACAAUGUGCCUCUUCAAAGUCUUCGAGGUUUUCAUGUCAUCGCGUCUGAAGAGAAUUAGAUAAAUGGCUCAUUUAAGUUGGGAGCUGCCCGCGUUCUGUCGGGCUGGCAGAUACAGUGCCUAGUACCAGGCCUCCAGGACCACGCCAACAUGAAUGGGGCUGGGGAGACGGCAGACAUACUGCCGCCUAACUGCAUGGUCAAGGACCGAUGGAAAGUGCUGAAGAAAAUCGGAGGGGGAGGUUUUGGUGAGAUUUACGAAGCUCUGGACCUGUUGACUCGGGAGAACGUGGCAUUGAAGGUGGAGUCGGCCCAGCAGCCCAAACAGGUCCUGAAGAUGGAGGUGGCAGUCCUGAAGAAACUGCAGGGUAAAAACCAUGUUUGCAAGUUUAUUGGCUGCGGGAGAAAUGACAAAUUCAACUACGUGGUCAUGCAACUUCAGCAGGGACGCAAUUUGGCAGACUUGCGGAGGAGCCAGCCUCGGGGGACUUUCACCAUGAGUACCACACUCCGCCUGGGGAAACAGAUCCUGGAGUCUAUAGAGGCCAUCCACUCUGUUGGCUUCCUGCAUCGAGAUAUCAAACCGUCAAACUUCGCCAUGGGAAGGCUGCCUUCAACCUUAAGGAAGUGUUACAUGUUAGACUUCGGCCUCGCGCGGCAGUACACCAAUACCACUGGAGAAGUCCGCCCUCCGAGAACUGUUGCAGGUUUUCGAGGAACUGUCCGAUAUGCCUCAGUCAACGCACAUAAAAACAAAGAAAUGGGCCGCCAUGAUGACCUAUGGUCUUUAUUUUACAUGUUGGUGGAAUUUGCAGUUGGACAGCUGCCAUGGCGGAAAAUCAAGGACAAGGAGCAAGUUGGGCAGAUUAAAGAGCGAUAUGACCAUAGGAUGUUGCUGAAACACAUGCCGUCAGAGUUUGAUAUCUUCCUCGACCAUGUAUUGGGCCUGGACUACUACACCAAGCCGGAUUAUCAGCUGCUGAUGUCGGUGUUUGAGAACAGCAUGAAGGAGCGCAUCAUCACGGAAAAUGAGCCGUUUGAUUGGGAGAAAGGAGGGACAGACUCCACACAGUCAACAAGCGCCUCCACCCAACCACAGCACAACACACGGCCCACCGUCGCCAUGGUGGGAGCCCUAAACACCCCGGUGCCCGGAGACCUGCAGAGAGAGAACACGGAGAACGUAUUCCAGGACGAGCACCUCAGCGACCAGGAGAACGCCCCUCCGGCCCUGCCUCCCAGUGGGAGCCGCCAGGAGGGCGAGGGCGGUGGCCAGACGCCCGCAAAGGGUGAGGGAUUGGAGGACACCGACUUCAACCGCAACAAACUCAGGAUCAGCCUGGGCAAGGGGGCCCAGGAGGGGGAUGAACCCAGCAGAGGGGCCUGUCCCAUGUCGCCGUGCCGGGCAGGAGGGGCCCCAGAGUCCCCCAGUGGCCAGGUGCGCUCCCUCCGGUACCGCCGCAUCAACAGCCCAGAGUCAGACCGCAUGUCGGCUGCUGAUGGGAGGGCCGUUGACGGCUAUGGCCAAAGUAUCAGGUCCCGCAUGGACAUCCUGGGCUCGCCGUCGCGCCACAUGUACUCGUCCCAACCAGCCAUGAUGCUGUCUGUGGACGACGGCCUGCAGCGCGGGCGGCACGGCGAGGGCUCGGUGGCAUCCGUGGACCAGGAAGCCCACAGCAAUGCCUUUAUCAGAUCGGUGCCACUAGCAGAGGAGGAAGACUUUGAUAGCAAGGAGUGGGUGAUCAUUGACAAGGAGACGGAGCUGAGGGACUUCCACCCCACCACGUCGGGCACCACCGAUGAGGAGCCUGAGGAGCUGAGGCCCCUGGAGGAGGGAGAGGAGAGGAGGAAGCUGCGGGGAGGAGGGGCGGAGAUGGUGGUGCGGCCCAAGACGACCCACACAACCAACAGCAGCCGGGGCAUGCUCACGCUCACCGAGGAGGAAGCCUCCAGACGAAGUGGGGGAAGCCCCGCCAUGUCGCCCUGUCAUUCACUCCCGUCAGGCCGUCCUAUCGGACCCCAAAGACCGCUGGAGGAUGACAGGCACCACCCGAGGCCCAAUCAGCUGCGGAGGCUGGCCUCUUACGUCUUCUCAUCAUCCACGCUGGAAACGGAGCAGUACCCGCACCCCGGAGGGUCCUUCAUCCAGCGGAGCCGCUCAGCCGAGAGCAGCCCUGCUCACAUGAACUCUUCCACACACCGGCGCCACGCUCCCCUGCAGAGCCCUGGCAGCCCACGGAGCAGGCACUCGGUCCUGAAUGUGUCGCGCACGCAAAUCCAGCAAUUGCUUGCCAAGCUCAUGAAUAAGAACACAAGCUGAGGGGGGGGGGGGGCACUCUGCAUGCCAAAAUGCAUUAGUGUAUACUCUUUUUCACCCAUUAUGUAAAUACACAGGGACAUACUCGCAGUUUGAAACCCAAAGAGCCCUAUUUUGACGGGUUGGUUAGAACACAAACACUUGCACGCUUGCGCACACAUUAUCUUUCAGACACACACAAACAUACUGAACUAAAACACAGUUCAAACAACUCACUUUAAUUUAACUAACAUUAAAGAAGUGAAUAGGUAACGAAGAAAAGUGCUGAUGUCAAAAUAUUUUUCACUUAAUAAACUCAUAAAAGUCUGCUCCUUGCAAAGUCAGAGUUGCACGUGCAAUUUGAGUAAAAAGUGAUGGAAGUGUAAACUUGAGGUUUCCCCUUUCCCUCUUCAUCAUUUAAUGGUACUGUGCAGAGGAGGAGUCACAAAACUGAGACUGUUAAGAGACUGUUUAACUUCAUUGCAUUCUUUUUCCAUUCAUGCUGCAGGCUUGAGGGAUUGUCGUCAAAUGCAGGUCAUGUCGGCAAUGCGUAGCUAAAGGAAUUACAGUAACGCUUUCGGUAACACUUUGCUUAAAGGGGCAAUCUGUAGAUCAACUCAAAUUUAUUUAUAAAGCCCUUCUUACAUCAGCUGAUAUCUCAAAGUGCUGUACAGAAACCCAGCCUAAAACCACAAACAGCAAGCAAUGCAGGUGUGGAAGCACGUGGCUAGGAAAGCUCCUGACACUGUUACGAGGGUCUUGUGACAAAGCAUUAGAGUUAAAUUAUUCCCCAGAGAAGGUAUGUAAUGCUAGGCUGCUACAAUAAGUGCUCUGCAGUCUACACACUGAUCUUGUGUAGCUUGGUCCCAGAUCUGUUUGUGGAGUCUUGCCAACACUUAUUAUCAUUGUCACGUCCGUGACCAUAAAAAUGACCAUCGUAAGACAGCACAAACAGAUGUGGGACCAGGCUAGUUCUUGUGGAGUGUAAACAGAAAUAUUUCCGCUUCUGUAUGUUUAUCACACAGGGCGCUAUAUUCUAUAUGUCUUAUCUUGCUUUUGGUGUACUUUAUAGAGUUUUUUUUGUCUGUCGGUUGCUGGCAUAUCCAUGCUUUCUAUGCGUUGAAAUGCUGGAGCAAUGGGUUAGUCAGGCUUUUGAAGGGUGAGGAUAUUAGGUGUGGAGUUUUGCAAUAGGAAAACUCCCUUUCUCUAAUAUUCAGUGUCAUGUUUUUACAACAGGCGUUAUCGUGGUUGAGUUCAAUGUACUGUAUAGAUGUACAAUCUUAAUUUGAUCACUCUUUUGUUGCUGAGAAUUUAAACUUGUUAUGUAUUUGAGUUUUUAAAAAGGCUUGUUGCUACAGUAACAUGAUUCGAACGUUAUGAUGCAAGAAAUGGUGAAACCUCCUUUCAUAAAACUGUUCUUAAUUCA